AAAACCCUUAAUUAAACAAAUUCCCAAAACCUAGCCUCUUUCAUUUUCACCACAAAAUAAAAAGCUCGAUUUUUUAUGCGUGUAUUUGAUUUCAAUUCAUGAGUGCGCUUAACAGCACAUGUACGUAGUGAAGUUCUUUGAAGAAGCAGAAGAAGAAGUGGAUGAGUGUGGUUAAACAGUAAUGGCGUCUGAAACGGCGUCGUCUGCCGAUGAAGAAACCGUCGUUGUUCCCGUUUCAGCUGAGGGUGCACGGGGGAUUCAGAAACAAGGAAAGCACCGAAUUCUCGCCGACUUGAAACGUCUCGAACAAGAUUCCAAAUUUCUUCAGGAAGAGUUGGAAGAGCUUGAGAAAACAGAAAACGUGUCAAACAUAUGCAUGGACUUGCUAAAAAGUAUGGACACUAAGCCUGAUCCGCUACUGCCAGAAAUAAAUGGACCAGUAAACCUGUUAUGGGAUAGAUGGUUUGAAGGGCCUCAGGAUCCACAAUCAUGUCAAUGUCGGAUACUUUGACACGAAGUUUUCUGUGAAUAUUGGAAGCAGCAUGUUGACGAAAUUGAUUCUGGAACUUUAAUAAUUGUUUGAUGAAGUAUUUUAACCAUGCAUGCUAAUCCAGGUUUUUGUGAAUGCACAUUCAUCAUCUGUAUUCAAUUGAGAAGUAUCAUUAUUUGUGUUUACCAAUGUAAAUGUUAUCAGAGUUCAACUGUUAAUUCUCCUUGGCCGUAACUGUUAUGCAUGUGCAUGUGUCUUAACCUGCAAGGAGUUGGCAUUUGGAAGGGCUUCAAAAUGGUUUGAAGAGUUGACAAGCAGAUCUGUUAAAUUUGUUUAUAGAAUUUUCAUCAGAGAAUUCUUGUGGACCAUUUAACAAGUGUAUUUGCCAUUAGAUAAUGUUAUGUUUGGAUUGCUAUCUUUA